CUUCCCUUCAACCUUCACCGUCUCCAAUCCCCGCACCUUAUCGUGGUCACUUAAUCCACUCUUUAGAACCACAGACCAGAAAGGGAAUUAUCAUGGUCAUCAUAUCCAAUUUUCAGAACGGAACAGACCAAUACCAAUGCUCUGCAAAGCUACAGACUACCACUGACAUGCAGAGAACCUAGUACAUACGGUAGCACCUGCAUUCGUUGAUCCUUGUAGCACAAGGUCAGAACGAUGGCUUUUUCUUAUUUCUUGAGUUUUUAUGGCUUCCCAUGUUGGAGAGAAGGUCUUCUCCGUAAAGCUUUUUGAAGCUCCUACACUGUUUUCAAUUGGUCUCUCGACCAGGUAAGGACCUCUCAACAUGGGACUCCUGCUUCUGAUUCCAGUAGCAUUGCUACUCUACAACUUCUAUGGAAUUUACUAUCGUCUUUACCUGAGUCCAAUUGCCCACAUUCCUGGCCCAAAACUUGCUGCCAUCACCAGAUUAUACGAAGCUUACUACGACCUCAUCCUCGGCGGGAAAUACACCUUCAAAAUAAUCGAUCUUCACAAACAAUACGGGCCCAUAAUCCGUAUCUCACCCUGGGAAAUCCACAUUUCCGAUCCCGACUUCUACGACACCGUGUACGCCUCUUCCGCCUCAGGACAGCGCCGUGACAAAUAUGACUGGUUCACGAAGAGCUUCGGAAUGGACAGCAGUACUUUUGCGACGCCUCAACAUGAUUUACAUAAGUUGAGGAAGGCAGCUCUGGCGCCGUACUUUAGUAUGCAGAGUGUGAGGAGGCUGCAGCCGGUUAUUCAAGAGAGGCUUGAUUUGUUGCUGGAGAGGCUGAGAGAGUUUAGGGAUAAGGAUGAGGUUUUGAUGGCUAGUUGGGCGUUUGCUGCUUAUACGAAUGGUAACUAUUUAUUUAAUCUGCAAGAAGUUCUUGGGAGAUUGCUGAUGGAAGUAGAUAUCGUGAUGCAAUACUGCUUUGGAAGAUGUGACAAUCGACUCGAAGCAGAAGACUUCGAUCCUUCAUAUCGCGAUGCAUCGUUCUUUGGGUCUACUGCCGGUAGUUUCAUGAAACAUGCUCCUUGGGUAAACAACCUCAUGCAAGCUCUUCCAAUGUGGGCAGCAGCGGCACUACACCCAGCAAUGGCGUCGUUUGUCGCUCAAAAACGAGACAACCUCGCUCAGAUAAAAACCAUCCAAGCCAGCUCCACCAAGUCCACCAACGACUCAGAAAUCCCCACCAUCUUCCACUCCAUCCUCUCCUCCAAACUUCCACCCCAAGAAAAGACCGACACCCGCCUCUCAGAUGACGCCCAAGUCCUCACAAUGGCCGGCACUCUCACCACCGCCUGGGUCCUUGAAGUAGUUAUGUACUGGCUAAUCCGCCAACCCGACAUCCUCUCCAAACUCAAAGCCGAGUUAACAACAGCAAUCCCCGAUCUCGACAUGAUAGGCACCCUCCCCCUCCCAGUCCUCGAAAAACUCCCCUACCUCACAGCCGUCAUCAAAGAAGGUCUCCGACUCACCUACGGCGUCAGCUGCCGCCUCGCACGCAUCGACCCCGACAACGCCAUGCUCUUCACCGAUUCCGACACUGGAAAAUCAUGGACCAUCCCACCAGGUACACCCGUCGGAAUGACGAUCGUGCAGCUCCACCACAAUGAAGACAUCUUCCCAGACUCUAAGAAAUUCUCUCCUGAGCGCUGGCUAGACAGCAAGAAUCGAGUGUUGGAUAAGUAUAUGGUGAGUUUCUCGUCGGGAAGUCGUCAGUGUCUGGGGAUCAACCUCGCGCAUGCGGAGAUGUACUUGGGACUUGCGGCGAUUUGGAGACAGUGGGGGAGUAGGGAGUGUAGGGGGGUGGAUGAUGUUGGUGUUUUUGAGUUGUAUGAGACGGGAUUGAGGGAUGUGGAGAUUGAGAGUGAUGCAUUCUUGCCGAUUCAGCAGCCGGGGACCAAGGGGAUUAGGGUGAAGGCUUUUAUGUAGUGUGGUGGGUAGGCAUCGUAUGUUAGCGUUUAAAUGUUUAUACAAUGCUGUAGUAUAUAUGUGGCUGAAU